AACUUAUAUUUAGAAAUAUUCUCUCAAUCAAGAGGAUUUAAUAAAUUACAGACCUGUAACUAAUCUUCAUUUUCAAUCUAAAAUGCUUGAGAAAAUACUUGUCUUGAAAUGACUGGUCUUGUUAGAUCUCAGUUGAUCACAAUAAUCUUAGAAAUGUCUAACCAUGCUGCAGGGAUGAAGGGAAAAAGCACUGAGCAAGUUUAAAUCGUAUUUAUUUGAGAAAUUAAACUUUAUUUAUGUUGUAGUUCUCCUACUCCAUUAGUCCUAAUUUAUUUUUCCACAUUCAUAAUCUUGUGCUACAUCUAUUAUCAUGCAUAUAAUUUCUGUCAGACACUUAUUUAUGAUUUUUCUAACAUCCUCUGUCCACAUGAUGAUAUAUAUUCAAUAGUCAUCUAUUAACUUUAUCACAUUUAAAUGAAUGUUGGAGAGCUUCAAAAACAGCAAUAAAUAAUUAUUUUCCCUCUUGAUGUUGGUCGGUAGGUGGCGCCAAAGGAAAGGCCCAGACCAAGCAGGUUCAGAGAACCACCGUAGUGUCACAAUGAGCGGACGAGGCAAAGGAGGAAAAGGUCUGGGCAAAGGAGGCGCUAAGCGCCACCGUAAAGUCCUGCGUGACAACAUCCAGGGAAUCACCAAGCCGGCCAUCCGCCGUCUGGCUCGCCGCGGUGGAGUCAAGAGAAUCUCCGGCCUGAUCUACGAGGAGACCCGCGGGGUGCUGAAGGUGUUCCUGGAGAACGUGAUCCGUGACGCCGUUACGUACACCGAGCACGCCAAGAGGAAGACCGUCACCGCCAUGGACGUGGUGUACGCUCUGAAGAGACAGGGCCGCACUUUGUACGGCUUUGGAGGUUAAACUCAGCGCGUUGAUUACAGCGAACCAAAGGCCCUUUUCAGGGCCAAACAACUGCUGCUAAUGGGGCAAAAGUUCUUGUUCAUGUCGUCAAAGUCUAAAGCUUUUUCAGUUUAGGUUGUAAUUGAGCUGUUAGCUGGAAGUACCA